AUGCGUCUCAACGCCCAGCUCGCGUCGUUCUUGCUCUCGUCGAUUGUGCUUGUUGGCUCUGCCCAUGCUGCUGACGAAGAGCCAGUGGUAGAGGAUAAGGCUGCCUCUAACAUUGAGAGACCUAACUUUGUCCCCACAACUCUCAAAGCUCCAUUCCUUGAACAGUUCACCGACAAAUGGGAUUCGCGGUGGUCUGUUUCCCAUGCUAAGAAGGAGGACGCUAAGUCCGAUGAAGAAUGGGCCUAUGUCGGUGAAUGGGCGGUAGAGGAACCAACCGUCUUCAAAGGAAUUGAAGGCGAUAAGGGUCUAGUUGUCAAGAAUCCUGCUGCCCACCAUGCGAUCUCUGCCAAGUUCCCAAAGAAGAUUGACAACAAGGGCAAGACGCUCGUUGUUCAGUAUGAGGUUAAGCUUCAGAACUCAUUGACCUGUGGAGGUGCAUACAUGAAGCUCCUACAAGAGAACAAGAAGCUUCAUUCCGAAGAGUUCUCCAAUGCCUCUCCGUACGUCAUCAUGUUCGGUCCUGAUAGGUGUGGAGCCACCAACAAGGUUCACUUCAUCUUCAAGCACAAGAAUCCUAAGACCGGUGAAUAUGAGGAGAAGCACCUGAAGGCUCCUCCAGCCGUCAAGAUUUCCAAGCUUACCAGCCUUUACACUCUCAUUGUCAACCCAGAUCAAUCCUUCCAGAUUCGCAUUGACGGAGACGCUGUUAAGAACGGAACUCUCCUCGAGGACUUUGCUCCUCCAGUCAACCCCGAAAAGGAAAUUGACGAUGAAAAGGACACUAAGCCCGCCGACUGGGUUGAUGAGGAUAAGAUUCCAGACCCUGAGGCCAAGAAGCCGGAUGACUGGGACGAGGAUGCUCCCUUUGAGAUUGUCGACACUGAAGCUACCAAGCCAGCUGAUUGGUUGGAUGACGAGCCAACUACUAUCGACGACCCUGAAGCUGUUAAGCCAGAGGAUUGGGAUGAUGAGGAAGACGGUGACUGGAUUGCCCCAACCAUUCCGAACCCCAAGUGUGAGGAAGGCUCUGGAUGCGGCAAGUGGGAGCCUCCAAUGAUCCGAAACCCAGCUUACAAGGGCAAAUGGUCUGCUCCUCUGAUCGAUAACCCUGCGUACAAGGGAGUUUGGGCUCCAAGGAAGAUUCCUAACCCCAACUACUUCGAGGACAAGACGCCUUCUAACUUCGAACCCAUGGGCGCUAUUGGCUUUGAAAUCUGGACCAUGCAAAACGACAUUCUCUUUGAUAACAUCUACAUCGGCCACUCCAUCGAAGACGCGGAAAAACUCAAGGCCGAAACCUACGACAUUAAGCGCCCUAUCGAGGAGGCUGAGGAAGAAGCCAGCAAACCCAAGCUUAGCCCUCAAAUCGAUGAUGAUGAGCCCGUUUCAUUCACCAAGGACCCAAUUGGCUAUAUCCACGCCAAGAUCAAUCGCUUUAUCACUCUCGCCCAGGAUGACCCCAUCGCAGCCCUCCAGGCCGUUCCUGAGGUUGGUGGUGCCAUUGGUGCCAUUCUCGCUUCGCUUCUCGUGAUCAUCGGCAUGUUCGGCAUUUCUACCCCGGCUCCACCCGCCAAGGAUGCCGGCAAAGCGGCCGAAAAGACCGACAAGGAAAAGACCACUGAGGCUGUUGCGUCUGGAGCUGAUAGCGGCAAGGGAGAUGCAAAGAAACGUGCUGCUAAGUCGAGUUAA